AUGGAUCAGGGUAAAGAAGCGAUCAAACAUUUUACUGCUUAUUGUCGAAAUAAUAACAGCGUAUCAUCAAUCACUAUUGACCGUUUUGAGAAAGAAUACCAUGCUCAAUUAGCUAUUUGGUGGUAUACUUUCCCAUCCGAUAUCUAUUCUAUGCUCAAUUAUGGACUUCGAACACUGGACGCCGAUAUAAUUAUUACUAUGGGUUUUUUUUUACGUGAUUUACAUCAGCUAAUUCAACAGCUAUACGAAAAACAACUUAGUAGUUAUGAUGAAAAGUCUUUUGUAGUUUAUCGGGGGCAAGGUCUUAUGAAAACAGACUUCGAAAUACUUCAGAAAACAAAAGGUGGACUUAUGUCAUUUAACAAUUUCUUGUCUACCAGUAAAGAUAAAGAGGUGUCUCUCGAAUUUGCUGGAUGUGCUUCGACUAAACCGAAUACGGUGGGCAUUCUCUUUACAAUGUCCAUUGAUCCUUGUAUUAAAUCAACACCAUUUGCCUCUAUCAAAAAUGAGAGUUACUUCAAUGAAGAAGAUGAAAUUCUCUUCUCAAUGCACACCGUGUUUCGAGUGGUUGCAAUUAAACAAAUAGGCAAUAAGAAUCAACUUUAUCAAGUUGAAUUACAAUUAACGUCGGAUGAUGAUCAACAACUACGAUUACUUACUGAUUGGAUACGAGAAGAAGCUAGUGGUACUGGAUUGCAAAGAUUGGGUAAACUAUUGAUUAAAAUUGGUCAAUUUAAUAAAGCUAAAGAACUUUAUAAUGUAUUAUUCGAACAGACAUCCGAUGAGGGCGAAAAAGUGUUCUAUUAUACUCAGCUGGGACUUGUCCAUUACAAUCAAGGAGAUUAUGAAAAGGCUGUUUGGUAUUACGAACAAGGACUUAAAAUUCGACAAAAAAUCCUUCCUUCAAACCAUCCUGAUGUGGCUUCUUCAUACAACAAUAUCAGUAGUGUGUAUGAGAAGACAGGAGAGUACUCGAAAGCACUUGCAUCACACGAAAAAGCACGAGAAAUCUUAGAAAAAGCUCUUCCUUCAAAUCAUCCAUUAUUGGCUACUUCAUACAACAACAUCGGUAUGGUGUAUAAUAACAUGGGAGAGUACUCGAAAGCACUUUCAUUUUGCGAAAAAGCACUUGAAAUUCGAGAAAAAACUCUUCUUUCAAAUCAUCCUGAUUUGGCACAGUUAUACAACAACAUCGGCUUGUUAUAUUACAACAUGAAGGACUAUUCCAAAGCACUUUCAUUCUACGAAAAAGCACGAGAAAUCUUCGAAAAAACUCUUCCUUCAAAUCAUCCUCAUUUAGCUAUUUCAUACAACAACAUCGCUGGUGUAUAUGACAACAUGAAAGAGUACUCAAAAGCACUUUUAUUUUACGAAAAAACACUUCAAAUUCGACAAAAAGCUCUUCCCUCUAAUCAUCCUGAGUUGGCACAGUUAUACAACAACAUCGGCUUGUUAUAUUACAACAUGAUGGACUAUUCGAAAGCACUUUUAUUUCACGAAAGAGCACAAGAAAUCUUUGAAAAAACUCUUCCUUCAAGUCGUCAUCAUUUGGCUACUUCAUACUACAACAUCGGUUUGGUAUAUUGCAAUAUGAAAGACUAUUCGAAAACACUUUUGUAUCAUGAACAUGCUCUGGAAAUACUACAAAGUAUCUUGCCUCCAAUUCAUCUUCAUAUUAAAGAUCUGAAAGAAAGUAUUGAAACUGUAAAAAGGAAAUUAUAA